AGUUGGUAAGCGGCGCGGCGCAUUCAGUCACGUUCGACGUCGCAGUAACUAGUGGAGCCCUCAUAGUGAGUGCGCGCCGUACACAGCGAGCAGAAGAUAACCCGUCCGGUCUCCAGCGCCGCACCAGCACCUCAGUCGCCUUCGUGCUUCAACUCCCAAAUAACAUCCACCACAUACACUCACCAUGAGCUGGCAGGAUUACGUCGACAAGCAACUGCUGGCCUCGCGCUGCGUCUCGAAGGCCUGCAUCGCCGGACACGACGGCAACGUUUGGGCCAAAUCCGAAGGCUUCGAUGUGGGCAAGGAAGAAAUUGCGAAGCUGGUGCAAGGCUUUGAUAAGCAGGACAUGCUCGCCGCCUCCGGGGUGACACUCGCCGGCAACCGUUACAUCUACCUAUCAGGCACGGACCGUGUCGUCCGAUGCAAACUCGGCAAAGUCGGAGUGCAUUGUAUGAAAACGCAACAAGCUGUGGUAGUCUCCCUGUAUGAAGAUCCUAUCCAACCUCAACAAGCAGCGUCUGUGGUAGAAAAGUUAGGUGAUUACCUAAUAGGUUGCGGAUAUUAGAGAUAGUGUGUACGAUUCGCCGUUUAAAAACUUCAUUUUCAACAAAAAGGAAAAUACAACAGCAUUCAUACGGCACCCCCCCCACAUUUAUUAAUCAUUUAUACAUGAUAAAGAUUUUUGUAUUUUUUUCAUUAACAGCGAAAAAACCAGCAAUGUGUAUAUCGAGUGCGUUUUUCAUAAUAUAAUAAUAAUUACAAAGUAAGGGCAGAAAAAAAAACGAGCAAGCAGGGGCGGCGGGGCGCGGCUGCCGGCCGACGCCGAUCCGCAUAUUUAUACACGAAAUAAAAAAUUUGUAUACAUAGAUAGCGGCAUUAGCUAACGACGAAAACAACAACAACAAACAAUAUGCUAUGAUUUUUUUCUUCUUCAGCAAUUAAAUUAAAUUAAAUCAAUUCAUUAUUUCACACUGUGGACUACUCUGGUUUUAAGUUUCACGAAUCGAAUUUUCACACACAUACAUACAUACACAUACAAUUCAUGUCCGCUGGCUGUAUUUGUUUUGCAUUUAUUACAACAUUUUGAUUUUCGAUGGCAUUGCUGUGACCUGCGACACCGAACACACAUGUAUUCCUCAAUUUGACUGAAAGCCAUGCGGAGAGUAAAGAAAAACCGUUCAUAUAUACUGCACACCACAUAAAAGAAAUCAAAACGUAUGGGUUUUUUUGAAAAACAAAAUCUCUAGUCCCGCUGGUAGGUUUUUCUUUACCUUCUAUGUCGCUAUCGUCAUCUAAACUACUUUUUUUGCGCGACAAACAUGACAACAUGAAUUACGAUUACACUUCCGAAAUUGGGAAAAGGUUUCUUUUAUUUUCUUUUUUCGAUUUUUUGUUGUUUGCUAAGCAUAUUUAAAAUUAAACUAUCGAUGCUAUGGUACUGAAGAUGGCAAUUGAUUGAUUGGAAAAGUAUCGAGUCGGAGAAACAAAAUUUGUAAUAAAAAUACUACAUACA